AUGCAAAGAAUCAUGCACAGAUAUGCAAGUCGUGCAUUCAGGCAAGCGUCGCUAGCAGCAACGGCAACUGCAACGUCAAAAAGUCUUGGCGCCAGACCACAACAUGUAGGCAGGUACUGGGGAUCGUUACGGUUCGCAUCUAGCAUCCCAACCACCCAGAAAGGUGUGGUCUUUUACGAGAACGGAGGUGAGCUCCACUACAAGGACCUUCCUGUGCCAAAGCCCAAGCCCAACGAGAUUCUAAUCAACGUCAAAUACUCCGGUGUGUGCCAUACUGAUUUGCAUGCGUGGAAGGGCGACUGGCCACUUCCUGUCAAGCUGCCUUUGGUAGGUGGUCACGAAGGUGCAGGUGUAGUUGUCGCCAAGGGCGAAAACGUCACUAAUUUCGAAAUCGGCGACAUGGCAGGCAUCAAAUGGCUCAAUGGCUCGUGCAUGUCGUGCGAACUAUGUGAACAGGGCCACGAAUCCAACUGUGAACAUGCAGAUUUGUCCGGCUAUACGCAUGAUGGCUCGUUCCAACAGUACGCUACCGCUGACGCCGUGCAAGCUGCAAAGUUACCUAAGGACAUCAAUCUCGCGGAAGUGGCUCCCAUCUUAUGUGCUGGUGUCACCGUAUACAAAGCACUCAAGACCGCAGAUCUGAGCCCUGGGCAAUGGGUUGCCAUUUCGGGCGCCGCCGGUGGCCUUGGAUCUUUAGCCGUUCAGUACGCAAAAGCCAUGGGCUUGAGAGUGCUGGGAAUUGAUGGAGGAGACGACAAAAAAGAGCUGUUUGAAAAAAUGGGAGGCGAAGUUUUCAUCGACUUCCGUAAAAGCAAGGACCUCGUCGCCGAUAUCCAGGAAGCCACGCAAGGUGGUCCUCAUGGGGUAGUUAACGUCUCUGUCUCCGAAGCUGCCAUUUCCAUGUCUGCAGAGUAUGUGAGACCUUGCGGGACUGUUGUUCUGGUCGGGUUGCCUGCAGGUGCGUUUGUCAAGUCCGACGUCUUCUCUCAUGUCGUGAAGUCGAUCUCUAUCAAGGGUUCUUACGUGGGAAAUCGUGCUGAUACCCGUGAAGCUAUAGAUUUUUUCAACCGUGGUUUGGUCAAGUCUCCAAUCAAGAUUAUCGGCCUGUCUGAACUGCCAAAGGUGUACGGCUUGAUGGCAGAGGGCAAGAUCUUGGGAAGAUACGUGGUUGACACCUCGAAAUAA